UGACACAGUAAGGGGAGACUUGAUACCAACACGUGACGAUGGCCAAGGGAGCCAAGGCGGAGGAAGCGCCCGCGCCGAACGCCGAGGUGCUGAGUGUGCCCAUUUUGGAGACCGUCAAGGCCGCGCAGUUGCAGAACGGAUUGCGUCAUCGCGACUUCCAGCGCUACCGUCAGUACUGCACGCGUCGUCUGCGUCGCAUCCGCAAGUCCGUCAAAUUCACGCACGGCAAGGGCAAACAGUUUAUCAACAAGAAGGUAGACGUCGAGACGGCCACUGAGAACCGUUUGCUGUACAUUCCACUGUACAAUGCAGAGCGUGCGUGGGGCUACGCCAUGCAGCUUAAGGAGGACGAUAAUCUGGACAAGUCUGAGAACGGUGAGGACGCCAACUCGCGCAUCAAGUUCCACUUGAACGGACGCCUCCGCAAGGCAGCAGAGUGGAGUCAGCGACUUGCUGAGGUCUGCGCGGCUCGCGCUGAUGCCCGUACGAGUCUCGAGGCCGAGGCCUACGCCGCCUACAUGGCCGGUAACUUGGCUUUCCACCGCGAGGAGCACGUAGCGGCGCUCGAGAAGUUUGGCACUGCGCGCCGCAUCUACGCGGACCUAUCGCAGGUCGGCACGUCCUCGCAGAAGGAGCUAUUCUCUCGCUCAGCGGACGAGCUGCAGCCCUUUAUCCGCUUCUGCGAGCACCGCUUGGCUCUCCAGGGACGUACAGCCAGCUCGGCUGAGACGUCGUCGCUGGAGCUAGGCGAUGGCGCGAACAACUCGCUCUUGCAGUCCAAGAUCGACUUGGUGUUGCUAGAGGCGCGUAAGCAGAAAGUGGCUAACCUCGGAUCGGUGGAAUGGAAGCAGCAGCAGCUCACAGUACCGACUCAGGAGCUAGGAAUGGCCCUGGUACGCACGACGGAGCUCGCUGCCAAGCUGGACGCUGCACAAGAUGACAAGGCGCGUGAAGCGCGGUUCCUAGAGCUAUUGAGUGCAUACGAUGCAUUGCUACAAGCGCUGAAGAACGCUACGAUCAAGCUGGAGCAGCAGGCGAAGAGCGGCAGUGCCCUUGUGCACUCGGAUCUGGAGCUACUGGCUGCGCUGGAAGAGUACGCACGCUUCAAGAAGCUCACCAAGCAAGUGGAACGUCAGGCCACGGUGUACCGAACUCUAAAGAAACGCUUCUCGGCGCAGCAGGCAGGCGAGCUGACGCAUAUUCUAGACAUGCUAGUGCAGACGGUGGGCGAUAUCCUGUCGAUCCCUGGCAUCCGUGAACUGGAGCAGCGUCGUGCUGCACAGUACAGCGCCUACCACGCCGUCUUCCGUGCGUGUCGUGCGUCUACUGUCGCUCAAACGUACCUACUUCAGAAGAAGUUCGCAGAGGCCAUGGCGUUGUACCAGUACGCGUCCGGUUUCUUGACGGAAGCUGAUGAGAUUUUGGCUGUACAACCUGCAGCCAAGGACGACGUACUGCAGGAAUUCACCCGUGAGCUACAUGAGGAACUGGCCGGCGCUGCAAGCCGCACGACGGCGCAGAGUUUCCUGGAGUCUUCGACCCGUGCCGACGCCGUGCGUCUGGAGCUGGAGCAGCUUACGUUGACUACUGGAGAGGAUGGCAAGAAGAAGGACAAGAAGCGUAAGAAACGUCAGGUUGGUGCUCUGGUGGACCGUCAAGACAAGUUCGAGGCCGGCUCGAUCGAGGGCCAUCGCGAGUUGGUCAAGCUCCCACCGGAGUUCCGUGCUGUGCCCUGCAAGCCGCUGCUGUUCGACAUGGCGUUCAACGAGCUGGAGUUCCCGGACCUGACGGAGCGCACCAAGACAGACGCGGAGAAGGCUGCCGAGGCCGCAACUACAGGCAACGAGAGUGGCGGCGGCUUCUUCGGCUGGUUCCGCAAGUAGAGCAAGCCAAACCCGUGGACUUUGUAGAGACCUGAGAGCUACGAACAUCGAAUGAGGUGUUUUAUACGCAUUUUUCGUUGCAGUUUUAUCUUCCCAUUUAAUUCGACGCAUUCAGUCAUCGACCUCGUCCUUCUCGUCGAUAAUUCGUUGCAAUUCCUGCUCGAACUCACGACGUUCCCGAGCGUCCAGCUCGUCGUCGGUCGGCGCGGGUGAUACACGGCUGAGAAGACGGAACCACAGCGGGAACCAGAUAGCCAUGUAGGCCAGCCACCGGUGGAUCUGGUCGAAAUAGUCGGUGGCUUCGUAUAGAACGGUGCAGACCACGCCCACGGCACCGAAGAUGAGCACGUGCUGACGGUCUUGCAGCGGUCCGUAGUCCGGGAUGUCGUCGCGCUUCCACGGCGCCACGGGUUCGAACUCCUUACGGUACGCGGCUUCCUGGCGCAUGAACUCGGCUACAUCGCCAUCCUCAGACUCAUCCGCAGCCGGCUUGCCAUUCGGGAGCUCGGACUUCGACACGCGGCGAGGCAUGUUGACAGCUCUAUUGCAAUGUUUACUGCAAUAUUGAUUUCUCACUCGAAAAAAUAUAACCUAAAUUAGUA